UAAAUUCGGCACGAAACGGCUCAGAUGCACGAUGGCGGCGUCGCUGCUCCGCCGGGACAAGCGCGCCACAGCCGCGCGUCUGAAGGCGGACCUCGGCCACACGGACAACAGCUCCGGCGUCCGGCAGCUGCGGGAGCUGCUGGACCGUGUGCUGGACCCGGAGGCGCCGGCGGCGGAGGCGGCGGAGGCCCUGGACUGGUGCAGGUGUCUCCUGGCCGGGGGGGACGGCUACGAGGACUUCUGCAGGGCCGUGCGCGCCUACGACAACGCCACGCUGUGCGGCUUGGUGUGGACCGCCAACUUCGUGGCGUACCGGUGCCGGACGUGCGGCAUCUCGCCCUGCAUGUCACUGUGCGCCGAAUGCUUCCAGCACGGGGACCACGCCGGCCACGACUUCAACAUGUUCCGCAGCCAGGCCGGCGGGGCCUGCGACUGCGGGGACAGGAACGUCAUGCGGGAGAGCGGGUUCUGUAGACGGCAUCGGUUAAAAACGGGGGAGAACGUUCCAUCAGUUCCUCGAGAUCUGCUGCUCAUGUCUGAGAUGGUUCUUCCUCGUUUCAUCAUCAGCAUAAUACAGUACCUGCGAGACGGCUACACAGAGCCAGAGUCUGCCUCAGACCGGGACCUGCAGAAGGUCCUACAGCAUCUGGAACCUCAGAUCUCUUUCUUAGAAGACCUCACUAAAAUGGGCGGAGCCAUGCGGACAGUUCUCACAAAGAUUUUAACCAAUCAGCAGACCUUUAAAGAACUGAGUAUGGGUCAGGAGGAGAACGCGUAUGCCAAGAGAAACUACGAGAAGUACCUGUCGGCACUGAAGAACUCUGGCCUGACGUCUGCGGAGGAGAAAGGGUCGGUGGGGACGGGAGCCGCCCUGGCAGACCCGCCGGCCAGUGCUGGUGCCGGAGCACUUGGCCUGUUGGGGGCCACUGCAGCAGUCAGCCCCAGUGAGGAAAAUAAAGAGGAUGACCAGGAUGGAGGCCAGGGUGUAGGCCAGCGAAAGAGAGUGAAGCUCAGUAGUACCACCAAAGAUCCGUCCAUAAUGGAUUCUCUGAAACAUAAAUGUUUUUUAGAGGAGUUGUUGUUUUGGACCAUUAAAUACGAGUUUCCCCAGAAGAUGGUCACUUUUUUACUCAACAUGUUGCCAGAUCAAGACUAUAAGAUCACCUUCACGAAAACGUUUGUCCAGCAUUACGCCUUCAUCAUGAAGACGCUAAUGAAGACGCGCGAGUCGGACACCAUGUCUAACCGCAUCGUGCACAUCAGCGUGCAGCUGUUCAGCAACGAGGAGCUGGCGCGCCACGUGACGGAGGAAUGCCAUCUGCUAGACAUCAUGGUCACCGUUCUGCUGUACAUGAUGGAGAGCUGCCUCGUCAGGAGCGAGCUACAGGACGAGGAGAACAGUCGUCACGUGGUGGUGAACUGUGGCGAAGCUCUGCUGAAGAACAACACGUACUGGCCACUGGUCAGUGACUUCAUCAACAUCCUCUCCCACCAAAGCGUGGCCAAGCGCUUCCUGGAGGACCACGCCCUGCUUCUGCUGUGGAUGAACUUUGUCUCUUUCUUUCAAGGGAUGAACCUCAAUAAGAGGGAGCUGAACGAGCAUGUGGAGUUUGAGUCGCAAACGUACUAUGCCGCCUUCGCCGCUGAACUGGAGGCCUGCGCCCAGCCCAUGUGGGGGCUACUCACGCACUGCAAAGUCAAAGAAACACAAGAGUACACAAAGACGGUUGUGCGCUACUGCCUGGAGACUCUACAGAUGUGGUUCGAUGCCAUUGGGUUUGUGGAUGAGCCUGCCCCCAAUCAAGUAACGUUUCAUUUGCCCCUUCACCGCUAUUACGCCAUGUUCCUCAGCAAGGCGGUGAAGUGUCAGGCACUGGACUUGGACAGUCUGCUCCCUGACCAGGAAAUGCUAAUGAAGAUUAUGGUUCAUCCUCUCCAGAUACAGGCAUGCCUGUCUGAGAUACACAGUAAUAUGUGGGUAAGGAACGGACUGCAGAUUAAAGGCCAAGCCAUGACGUACGUCCAGUCCCACUUCUGCAACUCUAUGAUCGACCCUGACAUUUUCCUCCUCCAGGUGUGUGCGUCCCGCCUAGAUCCAGACUACUUCAUCUCCUCGGUGUUCGAGAGGUUUAAAGUGGUGGACCUGCUGACGAUGGCUUCACAGCACCAGAACUCUGUGCUGGAGGCAGAGCAAGAGCGGCCCAUGCUGGAGGGAGCCCUCACCUUCCUGGUCGUACUGUGUAGCCUCCGCGUACACCUGGGUAUGACGGAUGAUGAGAUUCUGAGGGCAGAGAUGGUGUCCCAGCUGUGUAUGAAUGACCGCACCCACAGCUCCCUUUUAGAUCUCAUUCCAGAGAACCCCAACCCCAAGAGCGGGAUCGUCCCUGGCAGCUGUAGCUUUGAGGAGAUGCUGUCUGCUGUGGCAGACUUUAAAGCCCCUGUCUUUGAGCCAGGGGGUUCCAUGCAGCAGGGCAUGUACACCCCGAAAGCUGAGGUGUGGGAGAAGGAGUUUGACCCCAUCAUGGUCAUCUUGCGUACAGUUUACCGGCGAGAUGUCCAGUCAGCGAUGGACAGAUACUCCGCAUUCUUGAAGCAGUCGGGCAUUCACGCCGGUAACCCCUGGCCUCCCUAUAAGGAGCGGACGGCCCUGCACCCGUGCUACAGAGGCCUAGUGCGACUGCUGCAUUGCAAGACCCUGCACAUUGUCAUCUUCACCCUGCUGUACAAGAUCUGGAUGGACCACCAGAACAUGUCGGAGCACGUGUUGUGUAUGGUGCUGUACUUGGUGGAGCUGGGCUUGGACAACCACGCGCAGGACGACAAGGACGAUGAAGAGCCGUGCGUCGAGGAGCACUGUCACGACAGCUGGUUCCCCGGCACCAGCCUGCUGUCCAACCUGCACCACGUCAUUAACUUCGUGCGGGUGCGCGUGCCCGAGACCGCUCCCGAGGUGGAACGCAAGAGGGAAAGGGAGAUGGAACGCAAGAGGGAAAGGGAGACCCCACCCAGCACUAGCGCCGCCGCCUCCGGCCCCGGCCAGAGCUCCAGAAGGCUGUCAGGGAAUUGGAGAGAGAACCUGCGCGAGGCGCAGCUGUUCAGUCUUGUGGCGGAGCGGCGGAGGAAGUUCCAGGAGAUGAUCAACCGCCACAGCGGUGAGGCCAGCCGGGCCGUGCGGCCCAAGCCGGCGGCGGCGCACCCCCAACUGGUCACCGAGAUCCUGGAGAUCAGAGAGAGCAUGUUGUCCCUGCUGGUGAAGCUGCACCAGAAGCUGUCUGCCAGGCACAACUCGCUGGAGCCCGGCUGGCUGGACGAGGCCGACCCCGCGCGCCACGCCCACGGCGACGGCCUCGCCGCCAUCGAACGCGUGCUGGCCAAAGCGGCGGCGCGGAGCAGGCACAGUAAGAAAUGUCUGCAGGAGGUCUGUGGCAGAGUGUGCCCGCCUGUGCCACCCAAGAAGAACAGCGUGGGAGACAAGAAAAGCUUGGAUAAAGAGGAGAGACGCCAGAGGGCCAGAGAACGGCAGCAGAAGCUGCUGGCUGAAUUUGCCUCCAGGCAGAAGAGCUUCAUGGAGACGGCCAUGGACGUCGAGUCUCCCGAGGUGGACGCGGCCAUGGACGUGGGCACUGCGGAGCCGCUGGACUCUGAAGUACUCUACGACUGUGUCAUAUGUGGACAGAGUGGUCCCUCCACCGAGGACAGACCUACCGGACUGGUAGUGCUGCUUCAGGCGUCCUCAGUUUUGGGGCACCGUUACCGCAGCGACGAAGCGAAGCGGCUCCCCACGAGCGACGAGGAGCGGAUCUUUCCCGAGGACACGUGCGGCGCGGCUAAUGACGUCAGGCUGGCCCUCAUGCAGCGCUGCUUUAGAGACAGUUCCUGUCUGCAGUCCAUCUCCAUUGGCUGGGACGGAGGCGUGUACGUGCAAACGUGCGGUCACACACUGCACAUUGACUGUCACAAGUCCUACAUGGAGUCUCUGCGGAACGACCAGGUGCUGCAGGGCUUCUCCGUGGACAAGGGCGAGUUCACCUGCCCUCUCUGCCGCCAGUUUGCGAACAGCGUCCUGCCCUGCAAGCCGGGCGGCACCGCCCAGGCGGGCACCUGGCACGCGCCCGGCACCAAGAGCACCGCCACGCUGGUGAAGGAGGUGGAGGACCUACAGGAGCAGGCGGCCAUCUUCCCGACGGAGUCGAACCUGACAAAGGAGAUGGAGUCCGUGAUCAAGGACAUCAAGAACGCCACCCAGAAGAAGUACAUGGACUACGGCAAGAACCCCGGCUCACCUGAUAACGACUUCCUCUUUAUGUACUCGGUGGCCAGAACGAAUCUGGAGCUGGAGUUGGUUCAUCGUGGUGGCAGUCUGUGCAGUGGGGGAGCUAGUGCUACAGCCAAGCGAUCUUGUCUCAAUCAGUUGUUCCACGUGUUGGCCAUGCACAUGCGCCUGUACAGCAUCGACUCUGCGUAUAAUCCCUGGACCCGCGUCACCCAGAUUAUGCAGAGCAGAGAGCCAGACUACGAGGACGAGGAGCGACCUGAGGUUCCCAUGCUGUUCCGUGACGUCCCCUCACUUCUCAUCAUCUUUGUGCUCACUAUGCCUCAGCCCCUCCGCAAAGAACACUUUACAUGUGUGGUGAAGGUACUCUACACGCUGCAGUACACUCAAGCCCUGGCAGCCUUGUCACUCAGAUUCAGCCCCGAGGAGAGACUGGCCUGGAGCAACACCGGGGCCACCAAAAAGAACCUGCCAAACUCCCAGAUGUCCUGGGAAGCUCUCUUGGGUCAUGUGAUCAGUGAGCUGUCCAAGGCAAAGGGGAUUUAUGCCACCAGCUCUGAGGAGGCCGUGUUGAGUUCGAGUGUAUGGUCUCCGCAGUCGAUAGAGUUCACCCUGCAGCAGUACUGCCUGCCUUUCCUACGACUGUCCUGUCUGCUACAGCACCACCUCUACGGGGACGACCUGCCGGGCUGUCGGCUGGACGAGGAGUUCUCGUUGCUGGCGGGAUGUUUGGGUUUGCUUCCCGGUUCCUCCCUCCCAGCCGUUACCGCGAGCAGCGCCGCGUGUCUGGAGUGGAAUGUCAACGCGCUGGACCUGCUCACGCAGUGGUGCGCCGAGCUGCUGGACCUAGCAGACACUCCGGCACUGCAGGCUAUGACCCUGCUGAUGCACGACCCUUGUUGGUCCGCCCCUCGUCUGCUGCAGCUCCCAGACAACUACAACACCAUCUUCCAGCACUACCACAGGAAGGCCUGCUCGGCCUGCAGCAAGACGCCCAAGGAUCCGGCGCUGUGUCUGGUGUGCGGCGCCUUCGUCUGCCUGAAGGGCCUGUGCUGUAAACAGCAGGGGCUUUGCGAGUGCGUACUGCACUCGCAGCACUGCGGAGCCGCCACCGGCAUCUUCCUCCUGAUUAACGCCUCCGUCAUCAUUAUCAUCAGAGGGCACCGCUUCUGCCUGUGGGGCUCCGUUUACCUGGACGCUCACGGAGAGGAGGACCGGGACUUGCGCCGUGGGAAACCCCUGUUCCUGUGUGAGGAGAGGUACCGCGUGCUGGAGCAGCAGUGGGUAUCCCACACCUUCGACCACAUUAACAAACGCUGGGGUCCGCAUUACAACGGCCUUUAACGCGCCGCCCCUCCACCCACCCCCGGAGGCGCUGGACCUGACCGUGCCCGACAGCCCUUCUGUGUCACUUUUUGAUAAAUGCUCUCGUGUAAUCUAAAACAACCAUGCCGUGAGUGGAUUGCUGCUACAGCCUUGGUUAUGUGACGUUAAGUCUACAAUCAUGCCUAACAGUUCACAGCGUGUGUGCGAGAGCAUGCACAUUUGGUUUUAAAGUGGUUUUCAGUGUGGAUUUAAAAUGGGAGACGUUGGGAUUUUUGUGUUUGUCUGCAGACAAGCUCACGGUAGAAGCACAGACUAUUAGAGUGAUUUUGAAUGGGUGCUGUUUGAAGCAUGGAGUCACUCUACUACAACCCACAAGAGAACAGAAAAACCACAAACUAAACAAGCUUCAAUUCUGAAAGUGCUCAGUGUAUGAAAUCUGGACCCGUGCCCAAUCUGCUGGAUGUCUACCGCAUAAGAGGAGGCGUUUGGAGUUGGCUUGAAACAGAAAGAGAAGUUUAGGGUUUCCGUCACAACUCUCUGGGCGGAGUAACCACACGGGCCACAAGGAACACACCACAGAUGGGUAUCAACCAGGUUCAGAACCACACAACUAGUGCAGUGUGAAUGGAGAUCUUGUAGGUCAUGUGAUGCAUAUCUCUGUCAUGGGUGUGGCAGGGGGUGGACUCAGGCGUGACGGCACUGUUAAAUCUUAGUCACUGCUGAACAAAUUUUGAAUGGUUUCAGAAAAUCGUGCCAUGGAUUGCCAAAGUAGAGAAAGCAGUGGUGUGCGUUAGCGGGCAAUGCGUGGAUUUAUCAACUGACUGUAGUUCAGAUAAAAGGAGGACUGCCUCUGGUUUCAGGAUCUAGUUGCAACCAUUCUCAGGAAUUUGUUUGUUUGUUUUUUUUUUUCGUUUUUUUUCCUGUAGCUAAAGAGAAACUUUUUAAAUAUUUAAACAAAUGCUGCUAUUCAUUUAAAAAAAAGAAAAAAAAAAAAAAGCUCAUAGUAUUGUAAAAAAGGAUUUUAUGUUUAGGAUUUCCUGCUUUUCUCAGAGAGCUGGUGGCACUUAAGGGCAUCUUGUCAUGUGGCUGCAGAGAACACCGAUUUCCCAGCAACCUUUGCCCAUCACAAAGCUUUUCUGAGCUCACCGCUUUUUGUCAGUCAGGAUAUGCUAUUAAGUUUCCCAACCUAAAAUUUCCCAAAUUGUGCAGCAAUCAUAUAAACUGCCAAAAAAAAAAAAAAGACAUCCUGUCGUGCUCACUGUUAGCCACGUGAGGAUUUCAGGAGACGUCCCAAGUUGCUGAUCUGGGCCUUUCGGUGCUUAAUCACACCACAGUCCCUUCAGUACUCAAACCCUUCAGACUAUACUUCCCACCAAAGUGCCAUCUCAUUGUGAUGACUCUGCAGGGUUUGGCAUCACGUACACGUCAUCUUUUCUGCAUCUCUGUGCAGGCUUAAGUCAUUUAGUGCUUUGUUUUAUUUUGAUAGGGGCCACAAGAAUGUCAUUUCACAGAUUUGAAGUAAUGUCGUGAAAAUUACUUACAUUUUCUUUGUUUAGGUUUGGCCAUGGCCAGGUCAUCUAUCCUUGCGCGAUUUGUCUUUUUCUGUUCAUUUUCCUGCCCAGUCAUUUCCCCUCUUUGUGGUUGAUGGUGAACUACCGUCUCACGCUGGAUUCAUCACAGUUCUGACUGAACAGCUAAAUCAUAACACCAAUUGUAAUCAAGUAGUUCAAUGAUCGUAUAAUCCAGGCUCAAAAUUAAAUAUGAACUUCCAUAUUUUAGGAAAAGAAAACUUGGUUGAUUUGAUUCAGUCGAGGUGUUCCGCAGGUGGCUGCUUCAGAGACUUGGGUUGGGUCUUCCAUAGCUGUUCCUUUCAGUACAUUCAGAAAAAUGGGUGACAUGUGCACUACUUUUAAUUAUUCAGGUCCCCGUCAAAAAGUGGGAUACAAGGUUAAAUUCAUAAGGGAAAUCAAUGGAUCUUAUAUUUUUCUUUUAAUACCUUACAAAUCACUUUGUUGUAGCUUCAGAUGAUACAAAACUGAAUUGGCUCCAGAUUUGAGCUUUUUCACUCAUUUGAUUUGAUGCUCUCUGUUUACUGUUUCCUUUCGUCCUUUUCAGCACAUUGUCCAGCAUGUCCUCUCCCUGACCCCACUUCUUCAGACAGUUGCCAACACCAAAAAGCAUGCUUUGGUUUUGUAUUGAUCAGUUUAUUGGGUAUCGAUUAUCAAUGCUGCAUUGACACCAUGCUGGAAGGAAAUGCUUCAGGCACUUAAAUGUUCAGCCCUUAUGCCUUUUGCUGUGUUUGGUCUUGAAAUUCCUGCAUGCUGGUCCUUUUUCUCCUUUUUAGUUUCCUCUACCGCUCUCAGUCUGAACGUGGUAUAGCUAGAGUUUUGCCAAGUGGUGGGUAAAUAUGGCGGAACCGGCGCCUUGUCCUUGGUGUGGUGUGAGGUGAGUGAGCAACAGAGGUGGGAGUACAGUACAUUACUGUAGGUGCUGAAUCAAACUUUCUGAUCCCAGAGCAGAAAGGGUGAUAGACAUUUAAUGCAAAAUGUAACAUAUAUGAAUAAAAUCUAAAGAUGCUC